AUGAGUUCCAUCGAGGAGCUUAAAAUUGUGCGGCUCUACCGUGCGUACAACACCAUCAUUCAGAUGUGCAUGGACCACGGCUGCAGCGUGCGCCACCCGUCGGUCGUCGCGCAGGCCAUCCGUGACCCGCAGUUUUACAGCGACGAGGACGGGCUUGACUACGACUGGUUCCAGCGUCACUUCGUCGUGCAGCAGGCUCCAGGCGCCGUGGACGAUGAAGAAGAAGAGCAAAGGGAAGUGCAGGCUCGUCGUGGUAGUCAACAUCAGCAGCAGCAGCAACGUUGGUGUGCGAUGCGCGGGGCGAUGCGGCUAGUGUGCAGCACGAGCGGUGACGACGCCACAGGAGACAGCAGCGAGAAGGGGCGGCCACUGCUUGUCUUCUUCUCUGCCUCACCGUCGCUCAGCAUGGGUGAGGUGCAGGAAUACCGCGACAAGGCCCUCCAAAAAGGGGCGUGCCGCAUGAUCGUGGUGGUGGCCGGCAAGAUAUCACACGUAGUGCGACGUGGCACGCGGGAGCUGAGCGGUCGCCUGCGCGUCGGCACGACGGAGGAGGUGAUGUCAAUUCAACUCUUCGAGGAGGACGCGCUCGCAUGCAACAUCGCACGGCACGAGACGGUGCCGCCGCAUGUGGCGCUCUCGCCCGCUGAGGCACAGGCGUUCCUGCAGAGCCGUAAGUUGACGCUGUCGCAGUUGCCCCGAAUACUCGAUGAGGACCCAAUGGUGGCAUACUUGGGCCUUUCGCGUGGCAGCAUUGUGCGGAUUCAGCGCGAGACGAAGGAGAGCGGGCCAUACGAGAUGUACCGACAGGUCAUCUAG